AUGGCACACAAUCUCAAAGGCAUGCACUGGAACUCAAAUGCUCUUCCUACUUCAACCGCUUCGAGACAAGAGCCAUAUCGAUAUCUGCUUCAAGCCUCCGAUCCCAAUAUGGCUAUGGCACCUCCAAGAGCUAGCAAACCGGCAGUCGUCCGCUGCAGAGAUUCGUCCUUGAACAUGGAGACACACGUGCUUUCGGGAUCGUCAACGGAGUGCCGUCAAAUCGUAGAGACUGCGUCUGGAUCAUCGCUCUCCUCACCGCACACGUUGCGUUUCCCUGUCGACGACCACACUAGCAGCAACAGUAAUCGUCCAAGGUGUUUCGAGCAUGGUUGUGCCGGGCGAGAAUUCUCGAAUGUAUACAACUAUCGGCGACAUAUCCAAGAACGCAGCCGCUCUAAGUCCACGGAAUGUCCCUGGUGUUCUGCCCAGUUCACUCGCAAAAGCAACAGAGAUGCGCAUAUUGCCACCGGUCGCUGUCGAAGACUGAAUGAAGAGCUCUGUGAGACCUACCAUACACUCCUCACCGACCCGGAAUUCAACCGCCCAUCAGGGGCUCAGCAGUCCGUCGGUGAAAGUGACUCCAACAUACUGCAGGGCGAGGCGAGAUCAAGUUGUCUCAUUGAGCCUAAGCUUUUUGUCACCGACGACCAGACCGGCAUACUACAGGAGCAUCUGGGUGGUCUUACAAGUGCUCCGCUUGAUUGGGGUUGGGAGCAACCUUUCGGUCAACUUGGUUAG